AUGCAAUUUGUACAGUAUAAAAUGAUUGGUAAACUCACUAAUGGUAUUAAAUUUACUAUUCGAAAUGCAAGUUCUACUGGUUGUCCACAAGAUUUAGAAAGUUCUGUUAUUGUUGGAAAUGAUGAUAAUGCUCGAAUUUCUGAUCUUGAAAUUUAUUGUUGCAACAAAAGAUUAUGUAAUCGAGCUAUUAGUCGACAAGAUAUUCAAUCGAAUAUGCUUAUUUUAAUUGUUUUCAUAACUAAUUCAAUGUAUCUUUUUCAUGGAUUUUCAAAUAAGUGA